CAGAAUAUCCACAUGUACAAACAAUAUUACAACGUGGAGAAACUUUGCUGAAGUCGAACAGGAAUUCACAUGGCAGUGAUACUUCUUCAGCUUAUUCAGGUUCUGACACAAUGCAAUCAGUACAGUCCUCCCUAGAGGACCAAGAAGUGGAUCUUACAGGACUCACUGAAAGUGCUGUAGAUUCUGAUGAUGAGGAGGACCUUGCAGAGUUAAUUGAUAACCUUUCUGUUAGAGAUACAGUAAGGGAGUGCUUGGAGAAAGACUCUUCAGAACGAACCGAAGCGGAUAUUGAAGUACUAUUGGAGUUCAUGCAGCAUUUACCUGCCUUUGCCAACAUGACUUUAGCUGUGAGAAGAGCUUUAUGUGCAGUGAUGGUGUUUGCAGUUGUUGAGAAAGCUGGGACAAUAGUAAUGAAUGAUGGAGAAGAACUAGACUCUUGGUCUGUCAUUGUCAAUGGACAAGUUGAAGUUGAGCUACCAGAUGGAAGCACUGAAGAGCUCCAUCUAGGUGAAAGUUUUGGAAUAACAGCUACAACAGAGAAAAUGUAUCACCAAGGGGUGAUGAGAACUAAAGUAGAUGACUGUCAGUUUGUGUGUAUUGCUCAGAGUGAUUACCACAAAAUACUCCACCAAGGCGAAGAAAACACUAGAAAGCAUGAGGAAGAUGGUCAGGUAGUUCUCGUAACAGAACGGAGGGUCCUGGAUAGUGGCAGUCGACAGGGUCAUGUAGUCAUUAGGGGGACUCCAGAAAGGUUAAUGGCUCAGUUAGUGGAAGAAAAUAGUCUUGAUCCCAGCUAUGUAGAGGACUUUUUACUUACACAAAGGACUUUUAUCAGUUCACCUUUGACAGUGGGUAAUAACCUUCUUAGCUGGUUUAAAAAUCAUCAGCUACGAGAUAAGGUUAUUAGGGUUAUUCUUCUUUGGGUUAAUCAUCACUUUUCAGACUUUGAGAUGGAUUCAGAUAUGAUGGAACUUCUAGAAAAGUUUGAGUCUGUUCUUGAACAAGAGAAGAUGCAGAGCCAACUACGCUUACUUCACAUUGCCUGUGCUACUAAAGCUCGUAGUAGAACCAUCACCUUGGCACGCUCUACACGAGAUGAUGUUCUUCAUUUCUCGAUCCUUGGAGGCUAUGAACGAGGAUUUGGAAUCUUCAUAUCCAAGGUCAACAAGAAUUCCAAAGCUAAAGAAAUGGGACUUCAAAGAGGAGACCAGAUUCUGGAAGUUAAUGGACAAAGUUUUGAACACGUGAGCCAUGCUAGAGCUCUAGAAGUCUUAAGAGGAACAACCCAUCUUUCCGUUACUGUCAGGUCCAAUCUUUUAGCUUUUAAAGAGAUGCUUAACACACCAGAGAACUCUCCUCGUCCAAGAGGAAGAAAAGUUUCUGAAAUUGCUCGGUUACAGCCUGAUCCAAGGGCUAGGUUAUCUUCUCACUUUGACCUUGGAGACAUUAGAGGUCUGGUGGAUAUUCCACUGGAGUUAGGAGUGAGUGCAUUAUUAUUUCCUCCAAAUUCUCCACAACCCCAGUGUCUUAAAACCUUGUCCGAUCCUGCAACAGAUGGCAAACAUGAAAAGAAAGGUUUCAAGACUCUCAGUAAUCGAGUGAAGCUUAAAAAGGCUCUUGCAAAAAUGAACUUCAUGCCCAAGUCCCUCAAUAGUGAAUCUCAAUUGAACAGUUCGGAUGACAGUUUGUAUUCCUUAAAUAGUGUGAGUAGCAAUGGUUCAACAAACAAUCAGGAAUUAAGAGCAGGUUCUCCUCAGCGAUCUUCUGGAACUGGUUCCCUUCAUCAUAGUCAAAGCAAUCCAGACUUAGCAUCUUUAUCAGCUUAUAUUGAGUCAGAAGUAAAGUCAGACUUUCCAGAGCAUGUGCUGAAAGUUUAUCGAGCUGAUCAAACAUUUAAAUAUUUACUUGUCCACAAGGAGACUACUGCAAGAGAAGUAGUGAUGUUGUCACUUCGAGAAUUUGGAAUUACAGGUCCUAGCAGCAAUUACUCACUGUGUGAAGUGACUUGUGGAGAAGGGGGUGUUGUUAAACAGCGCAGGUUAGCAGACCAGAUGCACAAUUUGGCUGAACGUAUUGGACUCAGCAGCCGCUACUAUUUAAAAAACAAUUCUUCAACUGAAGCUCUUGUACCUGAUGAUUUGGCAGGAGAACUCAUGAGAGAAAGCCAGGUUAACUUUCUCCAGUUAAACAGUGUGGAAAUAGCUAUUCAACUCACUUUGGAAGACUUCAACAUCUUUUGUCAUAUUGAACCUACUGAAUACAUUGAAGAUCUAUUUGAAAAUAACUCUAAGUAUGGAACACCUAUGCUUUCAAAGUUCACAAAGCUUGUUAAUAAGGAAAUGUUCUGGGUAGUGACUGAAGUCUGUAGUGAACCUAACCCCAUACGAAGGAUGAAAAUCAUUAAACAAUUUAUCAAAGUAGCAAGACAAUGUAAAGAAUGUAAAAACUUGAAUUCCAUGUUUGCAAUUCUCGGUGGACUUAACCAUGGAACAGUGUUAAGGCUAAGAUCUAGUUGGGAUAAACUACCAUCUAAAUAUUCAAAGAUGUUUAAGGACCUGAAUGAUUUCAUGGACCCAUCUCGAAACAUGUGUAAAUAUCGAACUCUAGUUAACAGUGAACUUGCACAUCCUCCUAUGAUACCAUUCUACCCAAUUGUUAGGAAGGAUCUUACAUUUAUCCACUUGGGUAAUGAUACAAAAGUGGAAGGUUUGGUCAAUUUUGAAAAGUUACGGAUGGUGGCUAAGGAAGUGCGUCAGCUCAUGAACAUGUGUUCAGCUCCUUAUAACUUGUUUAACAUGCUGGAGCUGGGUGGAGCUAACUCAUCUCAUGCUAUGGCAUCUUUAAAUAGUUUUGCAACAUCUAAUGCUGCCACUCUAAGGAGAAGAAAGAAAAGCAAUGUUCAAACUCAUCCAAAGAAAAUGUUUGAAGAAGCACAGAUGGUAAGAAGGGUGAAAACAUAUUUGGCUAAUUUGAAAGUGAUCACAGAUGAAAAUCAGCUACGAAGCAUGUCACUGGAAUGUGAACCAACAACAGGAGCAGGUGCUUCUAGUAUACCACCUAGGAAACGUCAUCCUUCACCUACCUUGUCUACAGCCAGCAGUAACAGCAGUGCAUCAGAGGGAAAGAAAUCAGUUAACUCAGGACGAAAAUUUGGAACUGAUUCACCUCAGGCUGUUAAAAAAAUGUUAGCUCUAUCUGAUCACUCUAAGCUUCGCCCUCACCAACCUACUAGACACUCCCACUCAUCUUCCCCAGCACCCUCCCCAAAUGCAAUUCGACGACACCAAGACAAUGGCCAUGGGCAUGGUCGUUCUCAUAGUGAUACCCACAACUCUGUUCUUCCAGUAGACUUGUCAGCAGAAAGUUCUAGUGUGACUAGUUUGAAUCACCUUCCAUUACGGAAAUCUCAAACUUCAGGAUCAGACACAUUCACAGACAGUGGUAAUGGAGGAAGCUACCCCUUUCAUCAUAGUUAUGAUUUGACUUCCGUUCAUAAUUCUUUUAGUUUUGACAGUCAUAGUAUUAGCUCAGCUGGGUCAAGAAACUCUCCUCCAAAAGUACGACACUUUAGUUGCAUAUCCCACUGUCCACCUGCCAGUCAGAUAAGAACAAAUACUACAUACAUUCCUCAUGGUGUUCCAGUUCUUCCACCCAUUUCACACACUGGUGUUCCAUCUUCAGGCCUCAUGCCUCCAUCCCUUGUUCCACAAGGUACUCCACAUUACUCUCUGGUCCGUGGACGAAGACCUUCAGAUUAUCAUCUUUCCUCUAAACAAAUGUCAUAUGAGCAUCACAUGGGUCAUUUAAUCCGAGCGCACAGUCAUGAUGGUAUGGCAUCUGUGGGUUAUUACAAUGCAGAUAGCACAGAUCCAGAAGAUGAUGAUGAUGAAACUCAAGUAUCAGCAGUGUAAUUUGGAAGAAAAAAACACUUUCUUUGUUUAACCUUAAAAGAUAUCUACAACAGCAGAAACUUAACAAGGUGUAACAAAGUGUGCUUUCUAAAUUAUGUUUUUUGUAUACAUUUUGCUAGUCUUUGUGUUAAAUUUGAUUAUUAGUUAGGAAAAACGAGUCUCAGACAUUCUUAGCAUUGUAGAGCUACACUUGUUGCAAGGGGAAUAGAGAAAAACACCCCUGCCAUUGGUCUACAACCAACUAUAUAGAAACCAAAGAAUGGAACUACUGUAAAAAGAAAUAAUCCCUUGAUAUUGUUUAUCGUUGUUGUAACAUGGUGUUGAAACUGGAUUUGUUUUUAUUGUAUAUUUACCAAAGGAUGUGGUCACGUUUUUUUUUUUUGUACAUAACUUGAGAAAGGAAAAGAAUCCAGGCUAAGAAUCUAUUGCAUGGUCUUGAUAAAAGUUAUGCAUUCACAAUGUGAUGUUUACUUCAAUAUUAUAAAACUGAUUGUUGAAUGUUCCAAGAAUUUAAAGUGUACACAGCAGCCUACAGUACCAUGUUUUACAUAUCAUUAUCACAUUUUGUGUAUGUACGACAUGUUUUUUUUUUAUAAAUAAUUACAUGUAUAAAGUUAUUUUUAUUCUUUGUGCCUAGUAAAGUUGAGAAUUUGUAAGAAAAAAUAAUUUUUAUGGUGAAGCUUUCAACACAGAGUUAAGAGGGUCAGUAUUUCAUGAUUUUGCAGAGAACUUAUGAUCAUGUUAUUAUAAAAAAUGUACUUAUUCAUGCUUCUGUUACUUUUAUGGAAAGUGCAAGGAGUUUCUGUCAAAAUGUUAUGCAAUCACAGGCUUGAGUCAAAUUUUUUCACACCAUAUGGAUGUGAACUCGGAUUCUUGACUGACUAAUGGUAAAUAAUUAUGUCGAAUAUUGAAUUAAGUUACAGAAAAGGUGCAGUUUUGAUUUAUCAUUGUAAGUUGUUUUACUCACUGGUACCUGAAUGUUUUAUUGCAAAUUAUACAUACCAUUUUGAAAACUUCAGUUUAUAAUUAAGUUACUUUAUUAUAUCUAAGAGAUAUUUGAAGAUCAGUCAGUUUAUUUUUCAUUCUGAUAAAAAUACUUUGUUCACUGCUUUGUUGAGAAGUUACUAGUUGAUUGUGUUUUCUGAGUUGUUAUAUGUACAGGAAGUAUUAUUUUACACUUUAGAUUAAUUAUUUUAUACUUAAUGUUUAACAAUCACCUGUAUUUAAGCCUUUUCAUCUUUUUUUUUUUAAUCCAUCCAUCAAAACUUAAUUUCAGAUUGUGCCUUUAACAAAGUCAGUGAAAUUCAUUAUGUUAUACAUCCUAAGAAAGAAAACUAGUGUGAUUUGAAAUGGCUCAACCAAAUUUCAGUCCUUAUCGAGCACUUGAGAAAAUGUUGAUAAACUUUCAAACUUUUAUGUCACUUACAAUAUCAAAAUUUAAUACUUAUUGUUGCUUUUAAUAUUGAUAAAAACUGGGAAGCUUUUGUAAUUGAAGGGCUUUGUUCCAGAAAACUUUCAAUUCAUUAUAUGAAAAAAAACGCAUUACUUAUUUAAAAAAAUAAAUAAAAAAAGCUUCUUUCUGUUUAAUUUAUUUGAAGUGUUCUUCCUUCUACAGGUGAACUAUGUAACUUCUUGAUAAAGAAACCCAUUUUUUGAAAAAAAAAUAAAAUUUAUAAGAGAGUGAGGGAACACUGUGUGUAUCAAAUCAUCAGUCCUGAAAAAAAAACGGGGAACUAACAACUCGUUGUAAUAUAGCAAAAGUAAAAAAAAAAUGCAUGUUUUAAACUGGUAUUCCUAGACAUAUAAGGUGUGGUCUGUUAACUGUUUCACAUGAGUAUUUUUGUGUUUUUUGAAAUCUACCUUUACAGCAUACAUCAAGAUCUCUAAAUGUUGCUAAGUAGGAACUGCUCAGAACUUUUUUAUUUGUACAUUCUACAUUUUAUGUAAACCUCUAUUGUAGCAGAACACAUUUUCAUCCUGAUUAUGUGUAUUAAAUAAAAUAUUACAAUGACUGA